AUUUCUCUGCACUUAGUCUAAAUAAAAAGAUUAAAUCUUUACGAAACUCUUAUAUUUACAGUUUUUUAAUAGAAGAAAAUUUUUCUUCUCGAUUCUAAAGCGUCGAAGGAGGAUUUAAAUCCCAAUUAUAACGGACUUAUUGCCGCGGAAGCUUACAGUUUCUGAAAGUUUUUAGGGUAUUGCGGAGAGUUACUCUUUUAUUGUGAUAUUGCGUAGGUCAUACUUCAAACACGAAUCAGGAAGAGCGCGCAGUUUUUCGUUCUGAGACCCGCGGUCUUUAUUUUGGAGAGUUUAUGAAUUAAGAGGGACUGUUUCUCCUGCCUUCUGCUUCCAUCACUAAAUCACGACGGCUCUUUUAAAAGAUUAUUCAGCAUGUCAUCCGUAUGUGGAAUCACCACUCAUGUAUGAUUUUGUGACGGACACGCCGAAAAGGAAUGCCAAACUGAAGAAUUUGGACUUUAGUGUUGUGACUGAUUUGCCUGAUCUAAGCACUCCAGAGGUGUCAUUCGAUUUACAGAAUUUUAUCGAAGUUUCCAACCAGGUCCCAGCCGACGCUAUUCUUGCUGAUAUCUUGGCCGAAGAGUCAGAAAGAUCCACAACAAACAUUCCAAGUGUCAAUUUCAGUUUCCCCAUGCCCCAAUCGGCCGGAUUUGGAUCCGACCGCUACGGUUCCGAAGCGGGUGUCAAACAAGAACCCGCGGCGGGGCUCGACACCCACGGCGGGUUCACUGGGGGACGGAGCUACCAAUACGCGGCUGGUUUGCCUCAGUUGCCGGACGCUUCACUCAAUCCUUCAGCGUAUAACGAAAACAGGGAUAUUGCAUUCAACAGUGGACGGAACGAGGAGAAAAAAUCUAAAAAAGCUAUCGACAAAGCAUCAGACGAAUAUCGUCGACGAAGGGAAAGAAAUAACAUCGCUGUUCGUAAAUCAAGAGAAAAAGCUAAACAACGCUGCAAAGAUACGGAACGUCGUGUGUGUGAUCUUGUUUCUGAAAACGACAAACUCAGAAAACGUGUUGAGCUCCUCAAUAAAGAGCUCAGUGUGCUUAAAAACCUUCUGGCCAAUGUUGGUGUACCUCCUGAUUCAGGUGUCAAAGGCAUGGAAUAAUUUAAUAAUCAUUUUCAUCAAUCAUUUUACAUUACAGUAUAGAAUACAGAAGUACUCUGUUAUGGUAUGUGUACCGAUUUUAAUAAUGUAUCGGUUAUCGGUAGUGAAACUGAAUUAUAUCGACAAGGACGAUGUUAUUAGGUAUCUUUUAUAUUUCAAGUCUGAUGUGCGGCUUAAACUUUUAUUGCCUUUUAGAAAGUGCAAUCAUAUCGAAACAAUGACUCACCUUUUAUUAUAUUAAUAUUUUUUGUUACUCAGAAUAUUAAAACUCAAGUUUUGUGAUUGUGUGUUUUUUUUUUUAAAGAAUUGUUAAGACAUUUUGCAUUUAAAUUGUGAAUAUUGAAUGAAAUGUCCAUAGUCGUAAAUGACAGUGCCAAGGACUAACAAAUUUUUUUCAAAAUAUUCUAUUAUGGUACUUAGCUUGCCAAAGAUCAACGAUUGCUAUCCAUUUGUUUGUGUUAAGUUAUAAUUUUUCAUUAUUGUUUACCAUUCAAAGCUGUUAAUUUAUGAUACAUGAAGUUAAUUUUAUAAACUGUUAAUUUUUAAAAUGACAUGAAAGAAUUUUUCUAAUAAUUGUUUUUAUUAUGUAUUAUAGUCUAAUCUUAAAUGAAGAUACUCUUUUUGAUAAAAUGUAUAUUUUGAAUUUACUAAAAUGUCUGAUAUGAUACUAAGUUCAUAUGAACUUGUGAUAUGACCUAACCUAUUUGUUUUUUAAUUUACUUCGAUAAACAAUGAAACAGCUCAAUCAUUUUUCUUAUUGUUGAUUUUGAUGAUUGAAAGUCAUAAUUAUUAUAUAAAUAAAUCUAAUUUUAAAGACUUA